AUGAAUUGUAAUAAUUGGAAUAAAUGUACUGGUGUUCGAUAUCGACUUAGUUCAAGAGUAAAUAAUGAAUAUAAUCAAUCAGCUAUAAUAGAUAAUUGUGAUACAAAGAUUCCAUUAUGUGUUGAAAAAUCUUUUUAUCAAUGUAAAAAUGAUGUUGGUCAAGAAUGUUGUGUAGAAGUAUGUGGUAAUUGUUGUGAUCCAAUAAAAUUAUCAAAUAGUGGUUUUGUAAAGAAUAUGAAUAUAAAUAAUUCUGUAAAAUCAACAUGCAACACUAAAAUUAAUUUGUCAUGUUCAACUCCUACAGAUUCAUAUCGAAAUCAGUUUGCAUUAUCAAACAUAUUUGAUAAUAAACAUAAAUAUAUUGAUUAUAUUGUUACAAAUGUUCUUCGACAAGUUGUUAAUCAUAUAUCACUUGAUACUUUACAUCAAUUAUCUUAUUCUUUACCACAAAAUAUUGAACGAAUUCUUUGUCAUACUGAUAUUGAUUCGGAUCGUUUAAUACGAAUUCUUGUUACUGAAGUUCUUAAAUGUUAUUGUAUGGAUGCUGGACAUCUCACCGAUUGGUAUGCAUUUGCUAAUUCAAUUAAGUCUUUUCUUUCAUCAACAAAAGUACUACAAGAUGAUAAUGAUAAUCAAAAAACAGAUGAUACCAGAAAUCAAACAUCAUCAUUUGUUAAGAAAGAAAAACGUUUGCAGAAUAAUGCUUUUAAGAAAAUUGUAACACCAUCAAAAGAUGCUAAAAUACCAUUUAUUAAUCGAACAUCUUCAAGUGAAAUAAUAUCCGAAACGAAUAGCAUGACUCCAAUAGGUAGACAAUCAAAAACAAAAUCAAAACAAAACAUUAUUGUUGAUAAAAAUAAAAAGAUUGAUCAUCAUGAAUCUCUUCCAUUUCGUAAAAAAUCAACAAAUAGAUCUCAAAUACAACAUCAAUUAUCUUCAAAUUCUUAUCAUUAUAAUCACGAAUCUGAUAAAAAUAGUAAUCGAUCAUUAUCGAGAAAUUCUAUACGGCUACCAAUUCAUCAUAAACAUAAACAUAAACAUAGAAAUGUUUAUAAUCAUCAUACAACAACAAGUUUUGAUACACCAUCAUCAUCUUCAUUGUCAUCUAACAUGUCUGCCUCUACCAAAGAACUCAUUCAAAAUUAUAAACAAACAUCGAUUGAAAAUAAUAAUUUAAAUUCGACUAAAACAAAACAAAUAAAAUCAUCUGAUCACCUUACACAGAAACAAAUGCUUGUAUUUAAACGUAUGAAAUCUUCUGAUAAAACUGCUAGACAUUAUCAUCAAAUUAAAAUUCCUUCAGUUGAAUUAUCUUUACAUGAUAGAACAAUAUCAUCCACAAAUAAUCAAAAUCAAAUAUCUUGUUUACGAAAUAAAAUCGAAAUGAAUCAAGAUUCGAUUGUAGAUAAUUAUCAAUUGUCAUCAUCAAAAGAUCUUAACAAAUCUAAUAUAUUAUUAAAUAAUAAUCAAGUUCGAUCGAAUACAAAUUCGAUAUCGAAAAACAUAAGAAUCAAUCAUUAUCCAAAUAUGUUGGCAGAUUUUGAUUAA